AUGCAGUUAGGUCGGAAUUUACUUCCUCCUGAAAUCCACAUUAGGCCUGAAGAAAUGAAUAAGUUUUCCCGCGACCUGUUAAUUCAGACUCAGUUGGACCUCAGACUCUCUCGGAUCGUCGCGGAGCGGCUGGGGGGGAGGGGAGGUGACGUCAGAGCCCCGCCUCGCCCCCGACUCCCCGGCGCUGACCGGGUUCUCCGACUUCAGUCGGCCUCCCAGCCAGUUGCAGCUAAGGACGCCAAGGCUGCCUCCAGCUUCCCUGCUGCAGUGAUCUCCGUGGGCCGCAGCCGUCCCCACGAAGAAAUGUCCGUCCCUCUCCUCCCCGCGGAGUCUUGGGGCUCCGCCGAGUGCUGGCUUCUUCGCACUCACCACCGAAUCAGCCAGCCAGGGCCCCCCGUGGCGCUCGCCUCCCGGGCUUCGGAAAUACCGGGUCCGGCAGCGUUUCCCACGCCUCGGACUGCAGGUGAUGCUCUUCCUCUUCUGCAGCUGAAACUCCUCGCAACGUGUCUGUGUCGCCCGCCCGGGUUUUUGCAGGGCAGAACCGCGAUCAGUCUCUGCAAGCUUACUGGACGACUCGGACUUUGUCGUCCUCCAACUUCUGGAGAUGUGAUGUUUUAAAUUUUUAAACUAUUUAA